GAGAAGGUGGUCUCUCUGCUGGUUCCAGAGAGCACGGAGAAGUAUCAGUCUGCAGCCAUCUCCUACGGGGCUACGGGCACAGGCAAGACCUUCUGGCAGCAACGGUUGCAAAAAGCUGUGGGCGCUGAGUUGCUGAAAUCCCUGCCAGAGAAUGGGGAUCCUGAUGGCCCAGGGGUUCUUCAAGUCAGCAUGGUGGAAGUGCUUGAAAGUUGCUCCGAUCUGCUCGCGCCACCCUCUUCGAACCCUGCGGUUAUCCUGCAGGAGGGCUCCGGGAGCUUGUACGACUGCCUGCCUUUCUACAAGGUGCGCACCGUUUUGGAGUUGGAGGCGCAACUGUCCCAGGCUAACCAGGCCAGGCAUACGGACACCACUGAGAAAAGCCCUCUCUCCUCGCGCACCCACUUGGUUUGCAUCAUGCGGACGGAUCACUUGCAGGUCACACUCGUGGACUUGGCAGGGUCCGAGAGAGCUUCGGACCGGCGCGAGCACACAGGCAAGCAAUUGGCCGAGGCCAAGGCCAUCAAUUGGUCCCUCGCUUGCCUGCACGAGUGCGUCCGCCACGUGGCCGACGGCUCCUCGCAUGUUCCGCUGCGCCGCACCCCGUUGACAAGGCUGCUGGAGUGUGUAUUGACAAAGUCUCUGAGUCAGCAGAUCGUUUGGAUCGCACAUGUGCAUCCCUGCAGCAGGCAGCUUGGCCACUCCCUGCACACUUUUUCCCAUGCAGGCGAGAUUGUCAAGGCAGGGCUUGCGCAGCAGCGGCGGAACAUGCCCUGGCAGAAGGUACAGCCAAAGAUGUGGACCAAAGAGCAACUGUCCACCUGGGUUGCGGAGAGCUUCCCCGCCAUGCCGCCGGAUACUUUCUCGUGGGCUGAUGGUGCGACCUUCGGCCGUGAGUGGGAGAUGGACUUGGUGAAAAGAGCAGAGCUGGCCGGAGCAUCCAAAGAAGAUGCCACGGCAGCCUACGAGGCAUUCCAUGCACGCGCGCAAGCCGG